AUGCGCCUGCAACUCCAGAUUCUUCGACAUGCGCUCCCACCCGUCAACAUAAUCCACACCACUGGCACCGGACCGACCUCUCACACAAGAUCUCGAGACUGUACAAUUGCAGCCCUGCUCCAAGAUGUGAACGAUCUGGUUCCCCUCGAAUCCUUCGACGGAGAAUGGGGCUUGGAGGACUACGUCGUCGAAGUUGCCGCGACCGCAGACCAACAGACAGCGUAUGAAUGCUUGCACUUCCAAACCUGCGAGGCUGUGUUGAGAGAUGAUGACGAGGUCAUCAUACGAGCUUUGAGCACUGAGGAUCUACGGGUCAGGAGACUAGGUGGCAGACAUCAGAUUACAAGUGACGGAAGACAUCUAGUUGAUGGUAUUACGUUUGGGAAACAAUGGUUACGGAGGACUGGUAGACCGGGUGUCACCAUUCCACCAAGGAAGAGGCGGAGACUGGAGAUUGAAGACCCUGCCAUUGACGAAGACUCAAAUCUCGCUCUCCUUUCGAUCGGACCAUACCCUGAUCACCAGACGGAACUGCACGCGAUUGAAGGCGUUGAUGAUGAGGAUGAAGACGAUGAGGACGACGAGGAUUUUGUUGAUGGCGAGAGUCACAGUGACAAUAGCGAAGAAGAUGAUGAAGGAGUAUCAAUAACCGAGGAAAAUAAUUUACAAAUCGCCAUUCGACAGGACUUUGACGAUGCUGAUAUUCCCGCAGAGCCCGACUUCGGCGAGAUUCUCGACUCCCCGGAGCACUUUCGAUUUUUCCUUCAGGAAAUUCUAAAGGAUAACAAGAGACGCUCAAAGACAUCCACGCAAGGUCAAUCCAAUCGCAAAAGGGCUGCAGACGAUUCCUACGAAAGCCCCGACCUUCUCCCAGACGAUGUUCGUCAGCUUUUCGAGAAAAUUGUAAAGAACAACGAGCAGCGAGCCAUUGAAGAUGGCUUACGACUCAUGCAUGCAUUGAGAAUGGUUGACAAUGUCGGAAGUCCUCCCUAUGACCUGCAUCCUCGUCUAAAAAAGGCGGUGGGUGCGGCGGCUGAAAUUUGGCGAAAACGUGCCGAGGACAUCUCGAUUGAAGUUCUCGGUGAUGCCUCCAGUAAGAUCUGUCUUCUUGAGCAAGAGGUUCUCAACAGUGACGGGAAGAGUUCAAAGGUCGCUCCAGCCCACCUCAAGCGAAAAAGAGCUGAGGACGAUGACGGUGACGAAGUCCGAGAUGAAACCUUCGAAGGAUUCUCGACUCCAGUGAAGGGCGCUCGCAACCUGUUCACAUCUGAUACCGAUAAGACCGAUGAUACGAACGAUUCAGAUUUUGUCAUAGACACACCGAUUCUGUCGGAUGCAACUUCAAAUUCCACAUCGUCUGAGUCUUCUUCAGAUUCAGAGUCAGAGGGUGACAACAUCCUCAGAAUUGUUGAAGAGAAGGAAAAUGAUUCUACAUCCCCGGAUGACUCCUCGGACUCAGGAAUAUCGUCUGACUCUGAGUCUGAGUCUGAAGAUGAAGCUGAUGAUACCAAGGAAGACCUUCAAGCAAUUGAACAUGCAAAAGAGCGUGCUUUGAGGCUUAUGAGAUCUCAUGGUGGCGACUCAUCAACUAGUUCAGAGUUGAGCUCUGAAGAAGAGGAGAUGGUACGUGAAAAAGAUGAGGACGAUUCAUCAAGUUCGAGAUCUGAUUCUAGUUCUGCCAGUAGUGAUUCCGUGUUGGAUGCUUCUUCUGAUCGGGAUCUGGAAGGGGGAGACCACAAGAACGCAGAGCCGGCACCAGCACUGGUUCCUAGAUCAAUUGCACCCACAUUGCCUGAGUUAUCAGCGAACCGCAUACCGGCGCCAAAGUCUACAGGGUCAGCACCGGGAGAAGGGAGUGCAAGGACUCAUCGCAAUAAUGAUCGAGGCAAAAGAAGACGACGUCUCAUGGCGCUUAAGAAGCAAGGAAUACUACCAGAGAACGCAGAUCUCAAAUCGCUUACAGAAUACGAAGAGGGAGGAAUUGUCGUUCCUGCACUAGUCAAUCUCAUUGAGCCUACAAUUCCAAAAAACGAACCGGACAACCUUCAAGCAGCUGGUCAAAGUCAAAGUAUGGUAGUUGAACAGGUGGCUCCUGUCAACCAGCCCAGCUCUGUAAGCGAAACUAUUGCGACACAGGUGGCUUCGACCGAUGCUGCACGACAGGUAUCCUCGGAGACUGUCGAUACUCGGCCGUCUAGCGAUCCGUCUCCUCGACGAACCAAGCUUGACCUAGCAAGCUCUCGAAGAAUGGUAUUCUCAGCCCUUGGAGUCAGAACUCCAAAGGACAAAGCUGCUGAAGCGGCUUUGAGAGAGAAACUGUCUAAAACAAAUCGUCCACUCAAGUAUGCACACAAUCCAAAUUCGCUACAGCUGGGCGACCAGACCAACGUGCAGGAGGGUGACAAAGCAACGACAGGGAACUUGAGCUCUUGGGAGGACAAGUUGAUUGUCUCUGCAGUCGAGUGCGAGCGCGAUGGAUGGAAGCUACCACCGCCUCCAUUCCCAUUCCAGCAGGGAUGGGCUAAAGGUGAUUUUGGAGGCAAGGGCAAAAACAAGCGUCAGGCUCGGGACGACCGUCAAUACUAUCAUGGCUCAAAUAACGAGACUGGUAUUGUUGAGGUUGUUUCAACAUUGAAUUAUGACGACGAACCUCAGAUGGCAGACACAGUACAAGCCUCUGCCGCUUUGUCCUGCGGUGAUGUAUCAGUCCCUACCGAAUUCGACAGCCUACAAAACCUUGAGCGAGACCAUCUCGUUCAAGGCGCGGUCAUUGCAUACAAAGAAUUACAAAUGGAUCACACAACCAAUUAUCAACCAACAGUAUCCACUUAUAAGGUCGGCAGAGUCGAGCAGGUGGAACCAGGUGAUACUGUUCGACUUCUCCUUGCGAAACAAUUCUGGGAGGGGCUAUCCACGCUAUAUGAUGAGAAUACUGGAGAACGAAUCCUCGGCAAGUUUGCGAUAAGCGCAGAUGACAUCGAUGAUACACCAGAUGACGGCAUACGCGAAGUACAAUUUGGCGACAUGAUAUCUCCCAAACUGGUCCAAGCCUCCACGAUGGAAGUGCCAAAGAGUAGACUGGCCCCAGAACUUCGGGGCGGGCAUUUAGAAGACGCACUUGGGGCGACGACCUGUUCUCAGACUGAUGUGAUUCCAGAAAGUGCAGAACCUCUUGCCAUUUUGCCCAAUAAAGCCAACUCGGAACUCCUGCUUGAACAGGUUGAGAUAACGACGCCUCGUCGAAAUGAGAUUACAACAAUAAUCAAGGAAGCUGGAUUCGAUUCUGUUUUGGACGAGCAAUUGCUUCGACCUAUACAAAACCCUUCCGAUGCUGAUGGCAAGACAGAGGCUGUGAGCGAACCCCUAUCCCAAAGUCAAGGGGACGUGGCACAUCGAUUUCGACAUGGGUCGCCACGUGUGUACCAAAGUUCCUUCCAGGACAUCUCCUCAGAGAUUGACCCAGCUGUCGAGGCAUCUGCUUUCAGCCAAGACACCGGCAACAUUUUCCCGUCCGAGCCAGAUCAAGAGUCAUCACCUUACAUGCCGACUCAAGGGACGGUUGAAUAUCCACAUAUUUCACAAAUCGAAAUCAACUCGUCGGACCGUGUCAAAGGUACGAAUAGCAGCUCGCACCAAGAUGCGCAGAGAAUCUCACCAGCUCCACUAGUUGAUAUCUCCUUCACCAUUUCAGAUCACGACAAGGCACGUAGUGCGGCCGGGGACUCUGAACAGGAUGAGGGGGUAGACGAAGUUAGGGCAGAUCUGAGCCAAGAUCAUGAAGAGACACAUUCGAUAACUUCAGAAGUGCCUCGAUCGCCAUCUCAAGACGUUGAAGGCGAGACCGAUCGUUCACCUGUUCCUCCUGCCCAACCAGAAUCUUUUUUAGGCGGUCGUGGGUACGAUGGAGAAGACUCCUCGUACCAAGAUGAUGGAUUCGCCAAUGAAGAUAGUGAUGGGUUACCGUCAAUCCGGGAACUGACAUCGAGUCAACAGAAUCGAAAGUCCACCAGAUCUUCGGUUGUGGUUGAGGUUCCUAUCAAGAAGUCCCCACAGCCAAUUAGAGCGACGACACGCAGAUUGAAGAGUGAGAGACGAUCGAUGCCUAGCAAGAGUCCUGAGAUAAUGGGAUUACCAAGUCUGCCAGCAAUCAAGUCGUCAGAAAGCCAAGGCGUGCUUAUGAUGUCUCAAAUUCCAACAACAUCACAAUUCAUUGACCUCACGCAAUCAAGCCCUUCAAAGGAUGACGACGAUGAUCAUGAUUUCGAGGCACCUUCGAAAAGCCAGGCCAAUGGGAAGAACAAGGCAAGCUCUAAAGUCACCAAGCGAGCUUUGGGAAUAGGAAACCGAAGACUCUUGACGAAAAAGAGGAGCUACUUCUAA